CAUAAAGUGUUGGCGAACGUGGUUCUGUCGUAGAGAAGAAACAGACUGGUGGACACUCUUGUGUUUCUUUUUACAGCAGCAUGUCUGAAUAUGUCACAUUCCAGCAUGACAGGUGUCGUUACGACCAGAACACAUUUUUUGGUCGGUUCAGGCACUUCCUGGAUGUGAUCGACCCGAGCACACUCUUCGUGACAGAGAAACGGCUGCAGGAGUCAGUGGAGCUGCUGGACCGCUUCAAGCGAGGAACUCUGCCCCCGGGAGUGACAGACGCUCAGCUUUGGCAAGCUAAAAAAAUAAAGCAGGCCAUCAUCCACCCUGACACGGGGGAGAAGAUCCUCAUGCCCUUUCGGAUGUCAGGUUUCAACCCAUUUGGCACACCAGUGGUUGUUGGCCUCCUGCUACCAAAUCAAACAUUGGCGUCAACUAUCUUCUGGCAGCCGGCUCCAGUUUCCAAAUUCUUCCUGGGAUACGUCGGAGCAGUGACCAGCGCAGUCUCCAUUGCUGUCGGGUUGAACGUGUUAAUCCAGAGAGCCGGCCGCUUCAGCCCAACCACCAGGCUUUUGGUGCAGAGGUUCAUCCCCUUCCCAGCAGUGGCUGCAUGACUGAGCGGGAAGAGCAGCGGGAAGAGGAGCCGGAGAGAGGCGGUGUGAGGCGGACCGGCGGCUGCAGGCGGGUUGCGCUCGGCGUUCCUCUACGUCGGCAUCACUGGCUCUCAACGGAGCGAGGACAAGGGGACGGGGAAAAUACGGGAAUGUCUGUUUUUGCCAAUAAUACUAAUUGAAGCUCAUCAAGGUGCAUAAAUUCACUCAAAUGCAAAAACGUGAUAACCAAAAAGCAGACCUCGCUGUUGUGACGUGUGUUGCGUGUUUUUCUACUUCCAUAAGACAUUUUCUUAACGGUUUGAGUGUUAUUAAUCCUGCCAUGUUUCUUACUUUAGCCGACCCAACGUGCUUUAAGACUAAAAGCUUCCCCGUGUGACCCCCCCCCCCCCCCCGCUCCGCAUCGCUCCGAGUGGCCGGAUACUUCCGUUAAGUUCCGUCGGCACAUGAACUCUUCGACGGUUAACUCUUGAAAACAAAAACAACAACCUAAGAUCUCAACAGUCGCUUCUUCAGCUGCUGACAAAGAAACGCCCCGUGGCUUUUCUUGACUUCCGUUGCAUUUUCAUGUUCAUCGUCACCCCCACCUCGUUCACACGGUGUUUUGUUUAGUGUUAGAAAAAAAACCUGCGUUACAGUUUAUUUGUUCCUCUUCGCGAACGCAUAUUUACUCGGGAAUAAGAGACCGAUGCUCGAAUGGUAGUGGUGUUCUACCAUAAUACAAGUAACGUUAAUUAGACGUUCGAAUAACCCCAAAUUAAAUGAUAAUUCUGGCUGUGCAGGACUAAAUAGAUAGAUAGAUAGAUAUAUACUUUAUUAAUCCCCAAGGGGAAAUUUAACGAGAAUAAAAUAUAAAAUACAAAAUGAAGUAUAUAUAUAGUAUGUAUAUAAAAUGAAACAUAUAUGUAUAUAUAUAUAUACACACACACAAACAAAUAUAAUACAAUGACUGUGCAAAGUAUACAAAGUAAAAUAUAAAAUACAAAAUAAAAUAUAUAUGUAUAUAUACAACAUAUAUGCAUACACAAUACAAUACGAAUGCCUGCAGUGUAAAAAUUAAAUUAAAUAUAAAAAUAUUAAAUAGUAACUGAACAAAAGAAAAAAAACGAUGAUAAAAACUAGUUUCAGAAAGCACCAGAUUUGAUGCUUGCUUUGCCGUGACAUUAACGCGUGGCGUUCGUGGAAACGCGACGGUAUACAACCACGACGAAUCAUUUAUUUUAGUCGGGAGAACACAUUGCCAAGAGGAGAACCGACACGACCGCUGCGGCUUUUUUGAGUUUAUAAAUGUCGUGUUGUGUCACGGUCACCACGGUAACGUAGGGUUAUAUCCGUAUUUGGCAGAAGCUCAAGUCACCGGGAAUAUGCCGUUAAUUGGUCUUCUCGUGGCGACGGCGAGGCUCAGUCGCGGUGUCAGAGGUUCACGUAAACAGUUAAACCCGGGGAAGACCUCCACCGGGAGAUGGCCGGCGGCCAGGUCGCCACGCGGCAGGAAAGUGCCACUAAUUUUGGAUAUUUUGUUUGGAUAUUAAGUUUUUCCACCUGAUUUUCAAACUUGUUCCCAAACCGUCCCUCAUCUCUCUCAAACCUCGCAACUUUUCUCCCAUUGACUUUUGUGUGUGUGUGUGUGCGUGUGUGUGUGUGUGUGUGUGUGUGUGUAGCCUAAUUAAACCAUAGAAGCCAUAUGUGUUAAUGAGCUCCCUCAUUAGGCAGUAGCUCUCCUCGUUAGGGGGAGAGGCGGCGCUGGUGGAGGAGAGAUGGAGCGGCUCUUUCUCAAGCUCCUGCUGAGUUCACUGUCCCACUGAAAAGGGGAUUAUACUACGGAGGGCGGGGAGGAAAUAUGGGCUGAGAUGAGAAAAUAUAUUUUCGGAGAUGGCUCUUUUAAAAAGUGUGUUUAGUUAGAAAACGCAGCUUCUGCGAUUGAUGGAGACGUGUCGUCCAAACUGUUGGUUCAAUGCAUUUAUGAGGGAUUAUUUGAGUUAACGCCACAGCGAGCGGCCUCGUAGGAUUCUAAACGAAUGAUAAUAAAAGCAGCGAUCUGAAGUGUGA